UCAAACCGAACGCGCGUGUUAACGUCCGUCGUUGCCGUUACUCAGCAUUAUUUUCCGUAAAUGUUUCGCAGUUUGCGUAAAAAUUAACUUGCGUUACUUUUGCGCGCGUGUUUACUUUUUUCCGUUGCUUUCGAUUCCCUUGGUGUGUGUGCGAAUGUAAAGCAUUUUUUUGCUGUGAGCCUAACAUUUAAAAAUUGUUUGACUUGCCACAGCCACCAGGAUACAAAAAAAAGUAACAUACGUUUUUUUUUUACGUGUUUUUGCUCACACUUCUUUUUUUUUCGUUGGCAAUCAAAACAUAGUGCAUAAAUAAUAAUUCAAGUGCAAAUUGUUGCUACACGUGAAGUGCUACGCACACGCAUGCAAAUAGUGUGUGUAAAAGAAAACCCAAAGCCAAAGGCAGCAACAGCCAAUUUUUGAUAUAAAAAAAUAUAUACCAAGUUGAAAGAAAUUUAAAACCGGAUUCAAUACGGCAACAACAACACAAAUUACAGCAGCAACAACAAAUUGAACGUUGCCGCUACGCACACAGCAGCAGAGCAGCGACGCCAACGUAAGCGUACAACGUAAAACGUUAACGUUAACAACAACUAUCCUCAGCCAGCAUCCCGCGAGCAGCUGGCUUAGCCAUUGUUGUUUUUUUAGUUGUAGCUGCGCUGUUCUGUUCUGUUGUUAGACACGACAGGCAGCAGAGCAAGCGCAACAGGAGCAUAUAUAUAUAUAUAGAGAGAGAGAGAGAGAGAGCGAGAAGGAAAGAGAGCUCGAUCUGUGGCUGUGCAAGAAUUAGACGAAAUUGAGUGAAGAGAGAGCGGCAGAAGUUCAAGUUGUGCGCAGAGCAGUAAAAGAAGAAAACGCAAAAAAAAGAUCGUUAAGAGGGAAAAACUUGACAAUAUUUUACAAACGUCGUAUAUAACACCCAGGCUUGCAUUAAACAAUAGCAGCGACAACGAAUAACAACGAGUUGCAGACGUGGCUAAUUGCAAGGCUCUCUGGAAAAUUAAUGGUAAUUUCAUGCUGUCAUUGCGCAAAAAUCAACACGGCCCCAAAAGCGCCAGAACAAAGCAUAAAGUCGCCGUUGCCGCCAUCAGUGACCUCAACUCGUAAAUGGUAACCACAACAACAAACGCUGUAAGCGCAACAACUACAACUACAACUACAACUAUAACAAAUAGUAAUAUCAACGUGCAGCAGCUGUCCUUGAAACAGCAAAUUGGCAACUCUGCAGCGCAUUUGUCCAGGCAAACGGAAGUGAGUGAGAGAUACUGUUAGGAAGCUAGACGGACACAAUCACAACAACAACAAUGGCACACUCGAAGGUCAUACUAAAGAUACUGUUCUCGCUGUGCGUCUGGUCGUUUGUCAUCAUUGGACUGUUCAAGAUGCAUGGCACAAAUCUGGUGCCUCAGGACUAUCAUCAGGUGCCGCAGGAAUAUCAACAGCUGCCAAUUAACGGACGCAGUCUGCUACAAAAGGACAUGCUACGCUAUGCGGAAACCACAUCAACGACCACCGAUCAUUUCGAUCCCAGCGAGAUACUCGUCGACAAUCGCACAGCCAUGGACGACGAUCAGUUGGUGCGCGAUGUCGAAUCGCGGAUACCAUCGCUGCCCAUUGCCUACUGGAGCAAGAACAAGAAUUUUCUGCAACAGAAAUCAUCGACAUGCGCCAAAUACCCAUCGAUCUUUGAGCUGGAAUUCAACAACAUCUACUGGCAAACGUUGCGCACCUCGAACGGAACAUUUCAACUAUUUGGCGCCUACUACGACAUUCGUCGCACCUCGCUGCUUGGCCCCACUGUGCGCAUCUUGGGCAUGAUCGAUCGCAUCGAGCCGAAAGUGAAGACCUAUUGCCAGUUUUGGUUCGAUGGCCAAAAGGAGCCGUUCAUUGUGAAGACAUUCGAGUACAAGUACAUUUGGUACAACAAAUGGGGCAACUACAAGCAGGGCAUCUAUCAGCCAUAUUUGAUUGCCUGCCAGAUACCCAAACCCUUCCACGGCGUCGUUCCCAGCUCGGUGUCGAUGGUGGAGAAGGAAUGCGAUACGGCAACCAAUAAUUUGCGUGUGAUCUACAAUCGGCCACCGGAUGAUCAGAAAAAGGGAUUCGCGGUGUGCGUGAAAGGUUUGGAUUUCCUCUACGAUGAUUUGAGUGUGCGACUAAUUGAAUGGAUCGAAAUGCUCAACAUUUUGGGGGCGGACAAGAUCUAUUUCUAUAAUUUGCAAGUGCAUCCGAAUAUCACUAAAGUGCUCAGUCAUUACGAGCAGGAAGGCAAAGUGCAAGUGAUUCCAUUGACAUUGCCGGGCGGUCAGCCAAAUGUGCCUGGAUUUCAGCAUUUGUAUUUGACCAAGAAAACGAAUCACAAGCGACAGAACGAGGUGAUACCCUACAACGAUUGCCUAUACAAGAAUCUCUAUCUGUACAAUUAUAUUGCGUUGCUCGACAUCGAUGAGGUGAUCAUGCCCAAAGGAAAUUCGGUGCUGUGGUCCGAGCUGAUGGACAAAGUGCGUCCCGAAUCGUUGAAAAUCAAACCCGAUGGCUAUCACAGCUACAAUUUCCGCAACGUCUACUUCCUCGACGAUCAGCAGCACGAGCACGGCUGGCACAAGGAUAUACCCAAGUAUAUGCAUAUGCUGCAGCAUGUGCAUCGGGCCAAGAACUACACGAAACCCAAUCAGUAUGUGAAGUGCUUCCAUGAUCCCGAACGUGUCCUUACACUUCACAAUCACUUUCCGCUGAGCUGUUUGGGGGGCGUAUGCAAAUCGUAUCCGGUCGAUACACAGGAUGCACAGCUGCAGCAUUAUCGCGCCGAUUGCGUCAAGACGCUGAAGAAGAGCUGCGAGGAGUAUCGCGAGAAUUCGGUGGAGGACAAAACGAUUUGGAAGUACAAGGAUGAGUUGAUUAGACGCACGAUUAAAACGCUCGAGACAUUGGGUUUCUUUAGGCGCAGCGGCGGCCCUGGCUUUGGGGGCAGCAGCAGUGGUUUGGGCGGUGGCGCCACAACGCACUCGACGGAACGGUGAUUCACACUGCUCGGCGGCUGGUCAUGGCCAUGGCAACCACCGUCGGUUCCGUUUGUGGAUCCAGCGGUAGCGGCAGCCGGCGGCAAUCUGGGCAACGAGGAGUUUUUCGUCUAGUGAGCGAGCUGAUAAAAAAAAAAGACGACGACAGCUCGACGAGAGGUGGAACUAGCAAGCGAUAGAGUUAAGGUUUGAGGGCGAUUUCCUUGCCACAUCACAAAAAAAAACAAAGCAAGUCAAACACAAACAAAUCAAAUGGAAUGAAAAACACAAAAAAAGUAAAGAUAUGAAAAUAACACUUGAACCCGUCCCCGCCCCUCUUAGCAUAGAACUCGAUUUGUUCAGUUUUUGUAUUAUAGGAAAAGAGUGUUUAUGUUUUUUUUUAUUUCAUCUUCUUUUACCUUAACGAUUAUUAUGAUUUUUUGUAGUAUUCCUACCAUAUAAAUAUUUAAUUAGUUAUUUUUCUAUAUACACUUACUUAUCAUAUGCCUGUAUCAACAACUAUUAUCUAUACAUACAACAACCCAUACAUAUAUAUCUACUAUAUAUACCAUAUAUAUAUAUAAAUACGCACUUGGCUAGUGUAUAAAACAAAAACGAAACAAGAGAAGCGAAUGAAAACACUUUUGAAAUUGUGCCUUCAACUUUAAAUUGUAAUUUUAGGGUUUUAAAGGCAGCGACUAUCACAUCAAGGUGUCGGAAAAGCUGCACUGAACAAAGCACUGUACUAUACAGAGAUACACACAUACUUUCACACUCACUCACACACAUUUAAUCGUACUAUAAAUAUAGACAUUUAAAAUCGUUUAUAUGCAGUUAGUUGUAUGUAAGAAUUCUUCACAAAAGACGUUACAAAUUACAAGCCUUCUCUCUUUCUCUCUCUUUGAGUAAUGGGAAAAGAUAAUGGAAAUCACACUCAUAUACACACACACAUACACUGACACACAUUGAAGAUAAAGAUAAAAUAUAACAAAAAAAAACCUAUACUAAGUUCAAGACUGAUGAUGUUUAUUAUAUAAUAAUUAGAUACAAUUGCAAGAAAUGAAACAAACAAAAAUCGUGUGAAAUUGAAACAAAUUUUAAAAAUUUAUUUCAACACUGUGCGAAAGCCAAGCAAAUUUCAAUUGAUAUUAUCGAUUAGUUAGCAUUGUUGUGGAUUGCACUGCAAUUAACUAAAAUAAACAAAAUAUGGGGAAGAAAAAUUAAACUAAAAAACAUACAAAAAAAA